AAAAUCUGGAUUCUUAAAGGGGCAGUAGCACCCCUUUGUUCAAUGGAUAUGAGUUGUGCAUAACAUACUAUUUGUGUAUUGUUUUAAGUUAAAGGGCAACCAGAAUUUGAAGCUACUCCAUAUUUGGUUCUUGUAACCAAGCAGAGAUAAGGGGGAAUCCAUCAUUAUGCAGAAUAAUUAACUGCGAUGGUAUUUGCUACAUAAGGACCAAAACAUGUUCAUCACAACUCCCAUUCACAGAACUCAGGGGGGUAUAAUGCCCCUUUAAGACACGUGAUUUUAGUUAAGUCACCACAAAAUAGUCAAUAUUCCCCUGCUGUUGUACAGCACAAGCAUCCCAAUGAUGUAUUUGCAAGAGAAUAAUAGGGGGUAGAAUAAAAUGAUUAUAGUUUUCCUCCACUUUUCCCAGCCUAUACAGCAAUGAUUUAGAUAAGGACCCAUAAUACUGCCUAAUUAUCUGCAAUACACACAACCAAAAACCCUGUCAUGGAAUGAAUUAGAAUAAAAUACAUUUCUAAUACACAACAAUACAAAAGAUUUAGGUAUAUGCCAUUAAACAAUAAUAUCAAUAUUUUCUUUACACUAUUAAACUAAGCAUAAAUAUGGUUGUAAGAUGUAAAUAGAGUAAAUGUAUUUUGGGGGGGAUAAUAGUCGUAGCCAUUAAACCUGACUGGGCAUCUCUUUUGUUCAUUUAUUAAAAUAAUAAUGGCAGAUAAGUAUUUUUAGUGCUAAAAACGUGGAUAUCCAGAAUAUGUUCUACAAGGUACAUGAUAACUGUAGUAUUCAAAUAUGUGUAUACACCCUUAAAUGAAUGCAGUGGCACAACUACACCUCCCCCCAACAAAAAUAUCUUGAGGAAGGUGACCCGUUAGGCAAACAUAUGUUGAUAUUGGGCAUCAGUGAAGGCCCCAGUGGGCCUUUAAUACUUCUUGACAGCUGGUGGUUCUGUAAAAUUUAGGCUGAAGUUUUGAAAAACAGUUAAUAUAUAACAAUGCAAGUGCAAAUAACAAAUAAAUGUAAGUGUUAGUAAGAGAGAGAGAAGGUAAUCUCAGAGAUGCAUGAUAUGUCUAUAGCCAAUGAGAAACACAGAACCCUAUUGACUUACUGGGGGGGUAGAUAUAUGUCCCCUUGUGGCUCUAUGUUUAAAACAACACCCACAUUUAUUUUGGAUGAAAAUAUUACAACCCAUGGGCUGCAGGAGGAUCUGAAAGUCUUCUGCUAUUUUUAUGAUAUGCACUAAAAAACAAUUACUUAUAAUUGAUAGAAAAGAUGAAGCCCUGUCCCAAGGAUAUAUUAUAAUGUGUGAGUAACACAAUACAAUAUACCAAAGUACAGGAACAUAUGGACACUGAGUGGUGGGAUGCACAGAACAGAAUGCAGUGCAACAAGAGGCGCACACAUUACACUGCAGGGGAAGGGCAUAUAUUAGUCAAUAAAUAAUAUAUAUAUAUAUAUAUAUAUAAGGUCAGUCUACUUGGGCAGUACCCUGUCUUGCUACAGCUGUCAAUCCUAUUGAUUAGGCACAUGGGCAUCUUACAGAACAAUUUGAAGAAAAAUUCCAGUGGAUACAAAGUGCUUACACAACUGUCUAGAAAGUGUAUUUUAGUAUUCUGCAAUGAUCAGCUACAAACAGGGAUGCCUCUAUUUAAUAGAAUCAACAUGUAUACAUAGAGAAAAGUGUAUAGGGGUAGGGAAAACAGCACCAAAUAAUUCAGAUACAUCUGGACAUAGUACAAACUGAGGAAUUCUAUUAAUUAUUAACCCAUACUCAAUAGAACGUUUUCCAACUGUUGCAGAACUACACCCACCCCCCAAAGCAAGAGAAGAAGUUUGCUGUCAUGAAAGCUCUGUAUGACUGUGGUAUAUACUGUAGAAAUCACAAUAUAGCCAAUUUCUUAGUAUUCACGUACAGUGAUCUGGACAAAGGUCACUAUGGCAUAGUAAAAUGCACAUUUAAUGGAAAUAUAUAUAAAUGACAUAUGCAGUUAUCCAUUGUCCCCUCCAAAUGCUGCAGAUAUACAAAAACAGAGAGAGCUGGUAGUAGUGACAUUCCCAUUAUUUCAAUAUUCAUAUUAAGCUGCCCGAAAAGAAAAACAAGGCACAGCCACAAAUAAGUGAUGCUAUGAAAACAAAUGUGCAAAUGUGACAGGGGCCUAUAGUAGGGCUACAAGGCAGCAUUAUAGGCAAUAUAGGAAUAUAGUAGGACUACAAGGCAGCAUUAUAGGCAAUAUAGGCCUAUAGUAAGGCUACAAGGCAGCAUUAUAAUCAGUAUAGGCCUAUAGUAGGGCUACAAGGCAGCAUUAUAGGAAAUAUAGGCCUAAAGUAGGGCUUCAAGGUAGCAUUAUAGGCAAAAUAGGCCUAUAGUAGGACUACAAGGCAUCAUUAAAGGCAAUAUAAGCCUAUUGUAGAGCUACAAGGCAGCAUUAUAGGCAACAUAGGCCUAUAGUAUGGCUACAAGGCAGCAUUAUGUGCAAUAUAGGCCUAUGGUAGGGCUACAAGGCAGCAUUUUAGUCAAUUUAUGCGUAUAGUAGGACUACAAGGCAGCAUUUUAGUCAAUAUAUGCCUAUAGUAGGGCUACAAGGCAGCAUUAUAGGCAAUAUAGGCCUAUAGUAGGGCUACAAGGCAGCAUUUUAGUCAACAUAUGCCUAUAGUAGGGCUAUAAGGCAGCAUUCUAGGCAAUAUAGGCCUAUAGUAGGGCUACAAGGCAGCAUUUUUGUCAAUAUAGGUGUAUAGUAGGACUAAAAGGCAGUAUUGUAGGCAAUAUUGGCAUAUAGUAGGGCUACAAGGCAGCAUUAUAGGCAAUAUAGGCCUACGGUAGGGCUACAGGGCAGCAUUUUAGUCAAUGUAUGCCUAUAGUAGGGCUACAAGGCAGCAUUCUAGACAAUAUAGGCCUAUAGUAGGGCUACAAGGCAGCAUUUUAGUCAAUAUAGGUGUAUAGUAGGACUAAAAGGCAGUAUUGUAGGCAAUAUUUGCAUAUGGUAGGGCUACAAGGCAGCAUUAUAGGCACUAUAGGCCUAUAGUAGGGCUACAAGGCAGCAUUCUAGACAAUAUAGGCCUAUAGUAGGGCUACAAGGCAGCAUUUUAGUCAAUAUAGGUGUAUAGUAGGACUAAAAGGCAGUAUUGUAGGCAAUAUUUGCAUAUGGUAGGGCUACAAGGCAGCAUUAUAGGCACUAUAGGCCUAUAGUAAGGCUACAAGGCAGCAUUAUAUGCACUAUAGGCCUAUGGCAGGGCUACAAGGCAGCAUUAUAGGCAAUAUAGGCCUAUGGUAGGGCUACAGGGCAGCAUUAUAGGCAAUAUAGGCCUAUAGUAGGGCUACAAGGCAGCAUUAUAGGCAAUAUAGGCCUAUAGUAGGGCUACAAGGCAGCAUUUGAGUCAAUAUAUGCCUAUAGUAGGGCUACAAGGCAGCAUUAUAGACAACAUAGGCCAAUAGUAGUACUACAAUGCAGCAUUAUAUGCAAAAUAGGCCUAUAGUAGGACUACAAGGCAGCAUUAUAGUCAAUAUAUGCCUAUAGUAGGGCUACAAGGCAGCAUUAUAGGCAAUAUGGGCCUAUAGUAGGACUACAAGGCAGCAUUAUAUGCAAUAUAUGCCUAUAGUAGGGCUACAAGGCAGCAUUAUAGGCAAUAUAGGCCUAUAGUAGGACUACAAGGCAGCAUUACAGGAAAUAUGGGCCUAUAGUAGGGCUUCAAGGCUGCAUUAUAGGCAAUAUGGGCCUAUAGUAGGACUACAAGGCAGCAUUAUAUGCAAUAUAGGCCUAUAGUAGGACUUCAAGGCAGCAUUAUAGGCAAUAUGGGCCUAUAGUAGGACUACAAGGCAUCAUUAAAGACAAUAUAAGUCUAAAGUAGGGCUAAAAGGCAGCAUUAUAGGCAAUAUAGGCCGAUAAUAUGGCUACAAGGCAGCAUUAUAGGCAAUAUAGGCCUUUGAUAGGGCUACAUGGCAGCAUUAUAGGCAAUACAGGCUUAUAGUAGGACUACAAGGCAGCAUUAUAGGCAAUAUAGGCCAAUAGUAGGGUUACAAUGCAGCAUUAUAUGCAAUGUAGGCCUAUAGUAGGACUACAAGGCAGUAUUACAGGAAAUAUAGGCCUAUGGUAGGGCUUCAAGGCAGCAUUGUAGGCAAUAUGGGCUUAUAGUAGGACUACAAGGCACCAAUAAAGGCAAUAUAAGUUUUAAUAGGGCUAAAAGGCAGCAUUAUAGGCAAUAUAGGCCUAUAGUAUGGCUACAAGGCAGCAUUAUAGGCAAUAUAGGCCUAUGGUAGGGCUACAGGGAAGCAUUAUAGGCAAUAUAGUCUUAUAGUAGGACUACAAUGCAGCAUUAUAGGCCUAUAAUAAGACUACAAGGCAGCAUUUUAGUCAAUAUAUGACUAUAGUAAGGCUACAAUGCAGCAUUAUAGGCAACAUAGGCCAAUAGUAGGGCUACAAUGCAACAUUAUAGGCAAUAUAGGCCUAUAGUAGGACUACAAAGCAGCAUUAUAGGCAAUAUAAGCCUAUAGGGCUACAAGGCAGCAUUAUAGGCAAUAUAGGUUUAUAGCAGGGCUACAAUGCAGCAUUAUAGGCAAUUUAGACCUAUAGUAGGGCUACAAGGCAGCAUUAUAGGCAAUAGAUGCUUAUAAUAUGGCUACAAUGCAGCAUUAUAGGCAAUGUAGACCUAUAGUAGGACUACAAGGCAGCAUUAUAGGCAAUAUAGUCUUAUGGUAGGGCUACAAGGCAGCAUUAUAUUGUACUGUAUAUAAAGCUACAUUGUAAAUUCCUCAGAAUGACACUAGGGGAGGCUUUAGACAAGGCUUCUUCUUCUCGCUCAUAUCACAGGCAGCCUGGGAAACUGUAGAGAAUGAGCAGUGCCCUUCUAUCCCUGGCACAGGAGACUAUGGCAGUUAUAAAAGUAACCCAGGGCAUGAGGAGGAAUGUGGGAGGGACACUGGCUCACUUGGCCCAGUUUGCUGAGAGAUUCCAAAGGAUCUGACAGGUCUGUGCAAGUUUUUUCCCCACAUGCCCUAAAUGGCACACUAACAGCAAACGGGUCAUUUACCCUUGUGCUCCCAAAGAUUAGCGCUGAAGGGGUUAAAGUGUGCUCAGUGCUGAUUUCCUUUCUGCUCUGAGAGUUGCUAUAAAUCUUCCAUUCUACAAGCUGACAGCAGUACCGGGAAAUCAGAGGGUCGAUUUAGCUUGGCCCCAGCCUGGGUUACAGCCUCCCUAAUGCAUCUCAUAGGGUGUCACAUCCACUGCUCUUCCUUAGUGGGGAGGAGGGCUGUUAAAGUUCCAUAUCAGGCAGCUUUCUUUUAAGUAUUUUAUUCCUUGUGUGUGUGUGUGUGUCCCCUCCUUGUCCAUCCCACGUGUUCACCAAAAUUGCCAAACUUUCUGGCCAGACACCCCAGCACAAAACGAUGGACAGUUACUAUCAUUAUCAGAAUAUUGUGCUUAAUUGCAAUAAAAACUGCAUUUCCCAUUCCUAGAGAGGAAAUAAUGUUAAAGUUUUAGGUGCCGAUUGCGCAAUGCACUGUCCAAGCGCUGCGCUUUAACCCUUUGCCCGCUAGCCUAGUUUCUCCUAGCACCCAUUUGAGGGUUAAGGAGGUGCCUGUGAGUUGGAUUAAACACACACACACACGCUAGGUGAGUUCACACGGGCUAUUAUCAUAGAUUGGCACCUAAUUGAGCAGUAGCGACAGAAAUCGCAGCUACUACCUCCAUGCACUAGGCCUCUGUCCACGUCUGUAAUUAGCAUAAUCCCUCAGUGGUGACGCUGUGUUUAGAGCAAUAACAGCCGCUGACUUGGGAAGUAGAAGCCAACAGGGAUAUUUUGGUGGAAAAAACGAGCAGAAAGUGAAGGCACAAGGCUGGGGAAUGCGCCUGCUGCUGCUGUUUGCGCUGAGAACAAGCUGAGGCCAUUGUUAGCAGGGAGUAGGGCGGUGUAUUGGGCAGCCUGGAAGCUCAGCUUGUCCACUGAAAGCCUGCCUGACAUUAGCACUGAUCUGCUAGCACUGAUCGGGUAGCACUGAUCUGCUAUAGCACUGAUCUGCUGCGCCACUGGGAAGCUGUCUCUGCGCUCGGCUCCUCGGUACCGGCCUGUCUAUUGAUUGGAGCGCACUGGAAGAGAAUGGCUGCUCGGCUUGUGCUCGGCUGAGCCUGCUCAUAAGGUCGCUUCCAACAACAACCCCGAAGAUAUCCCGUGCCAGGUGACUGUGGGGUGCCAAUGUUAUUCUGUAAGGGUGGGGACACCCUCCGAGUCGGUGACAGCUGUUUUUGGGGAUCUCGGAGAUGCAGAAAGCCUCCUACUAUGACAACCCCACUCUAUUCGGAGGUUACCCGUACCAGGCAGGGAGUCUGGGAUAUGAAGGGCCCCAGCAAUCCUUCCCCACUUCUUCCCACAUGGACAAUGACUUCCAGCGGUCCUCCUGCUCCCUGCAGUCUCUGGGUCACAGUGGGCCACUGGUGAAGCCUAAGAACCUAAAUGGGAGCUGCAUGCGCCCCAAUCUGCCAUCUGAGCAUAACCAGUCGCAACCCCUGUCUCCAGCAGCCAACCCCAGUAGCAACAACAAUAACAACAGCAGCAACUCCCAGGCGGCCCUCAGCAAACCCUCUCCGGCCAAAAGCCAGGUCAGCUCCAGCCCAGUCAGCAAACGGAUCUUCCCUUGGAUGAAAGAGUCCAGACAGAACUCAAAACAGAAAUCCAGCCCCCCAGCCCCAGCGGCAGAAAGCUGCGCAGGUGACAGGAGCCCCCCGGGUUCGUCUGCGUCGAAGAGAGCGCGCACCGCUUACACGAGCGCACAACUGGUGGAACUGGAGAAGGAGUUUCACUUUAAUCGCUACCUGUGCCGCCCCAGGAGGGUGGAGAUGGCCAACCUGCUCAACCUGAGCGAGAGGCAAAUCAAGAUCUGGUUCCAGAACCGAAGGAUGAAGUAUAAGAAAGAUCAAAAGGUAAAAGGCAUGUCUUCUUCAUCAGGAGGACCUUCACCAACUAGCACUCCCCCCCUGAGCUUGCAAUCGUCUGCAGGGUUCCUGGGAUCCAUGCACUCUAUGACUGCUAAUUAUGAGGCGCCCUCCCCACCCUCCUUUAAUAAACCCCACCAGAAUGCCUACUAUCAGAACCCUGGCAAAGGUUGCCCCUCUCAGCAGAAGUAUGGGAACCCUGCUGUAGAGUACGACCACCAUGGCUUACAAGGGAAUGGGGGCGCCUAUGUGUCACCCAAUAUGCAAGCAAGUCCGGUGUACGUAGGGGGUAACUAUGUGGAUUCUGUGCCAGCACAAGGCCCUCCUCUUUAUGGUCUCAACCACCUUGCACACCAGCCCCCCAAUAUGGACUACAAUGGGGCACCUCCCAUGCCAACCAACCAGCACCAUGCACCUUGUGACCCCCACCCCACCUACUCAGAGCUCCACCACCAGGGCAGGAUCCAAGAAGCCCCCAAAUUGACCCAUUUGUGAUUUAAAAACAAAAACAAAACAGUCAUUCCCAUUUGGCAGACUACAGAGGGCGCUCAGCCCAACCAUCACCUCGGGGGAACAAUAAAACAUUUCACUUGAUCUAUUUUUCUUAAACAUUUUUUUUUUUUUUUUAAACCUAUAGAGACUUUAGAGAAUUUCUGUUGCACUGUAGUAUCGAAGCAUUAUUCAAACAACACACAAUAAGCUUCUGCUGGGGGGAAGAUCUGUUAUUAUAAGGCGUAAAACAGCUGCAAUUAUGGAUCUUGAAAUUUUACCAGGCACAGUUUAGAGUCCAUGUCAGUAAAAUACGCUGCGUAAUUAUGGAUAAUGUGUCAGAAUAAAAACCGCCCACUAGGGUUUCUAGCUUGAUCCAGGGCCCAGCCUUUUUUACACUGGUCCCUUUAUCUUUGUAGAUGGAAGAAAGAUGCAGGUAAAUAAUGAUGAUUUAAUUUGAGACUUGUUGUAACCCGGAGUCCCAUGAGUUUUUAUUUUUUUAGUGGUAGCAUCCUAGGCCUUAAGAUCAAACGGAGGACGUUGUACUACCUAGAUAAAUGCAUUUGUUUUGUCAUCUUUUAUGUGACAUCAGGAUUCCUAAAAAGUACAAUUCUCACAGGAUGGACUUGAAUUUAAAAAAAAUAAAAAAUAAUCUCGUCUUAACGUGAAUACAGGGUAUAUAUAUGGAUAUAUGAAGGAGAUGGGUGCUGUCCUGAGCAAGCACAGCGGAUAGAGUGUUUCCCAAACUCUUUGUCUGCACAUCUCCCUUGCACUUACAGUUUACAUACAGAUCAGCCUGGAGGGCCCCUCUCACUCCAUCCUGGAGACUGCCAGGCUUGUGUGAUCUUGUGCACACAAAUAUUUAUUAUUGCUGCUUUUGAAAGCCUGUGAAAAUAUUUUCCUUUUUUUUUUUUUUCUUUGUAUUAUUAUCCAGCAUAAUUACCUAUUUAUAAAAAAAAAAAAAGACGAAAUUGUACUUUUUUGGUAUUUACUUGUUAUAAAAAAAAAAAACUUGUGUUUUCCAUGUCAUUGUAAGCGAAAUGCCUAUUUAAUUCUAGUAUUUUAGAGAGAUGUUUAGUUUUGUUUCCUUGUACUUCAGAAUAAUGUAAUCCUGAGGCAUGACAACUGUUCUGUUUUAGCCUCCAUAUGAAUAGAUAGGCUGCACAAAACCCUCUGGAAGUUCUUCUUUGUAGGUCAAUUUUCUUUGGAAAAAAAAUGUAUGUUGGAAAAAAAAAUACUCUGUAAUAAAAUUUCUGUUAUAAAA